AUGCCCCUCAACUUACGAUCGGCUACGCCGGCUGACGGCCCGGCUCUCGCCGCCAUUUACCUCUCAGCCUUCCACGACAACCCAGUAGCGACAACUUGCUUCCCUCAAAGCUCUCAAGCAUGCCGCGAGUUUCUUGCCACAUCUUUCGAGGAAGAAAUGAGCGAACCGCGGUCUCAGUGGCUCGUCAUUACCGACCCCGACUUCAAAGAUGACCCUGAUUUGCCCAUCGCCUGCGCGAAAUGGGUCUGUCCGGCAAAAGACGGAGAGGAGAACGUCCAGUCACCGCCUCCAAUCGAUGCCUGGCCCAAAGAGGGUAACCCGGAGUUCGCCAAUGACUUCUUCGGUUCUAUUGGGAGGAAGCACGCCGAGAUCAUGGGUGACGUCAGACACUAUUAUCUAGAACUCAUCAUUUGUCGGAGAGAGCACCAGGGCAAGGGCGCUGCCAGUCCUCUGCUGAAAUGGGGCUGCGAUAUAGCGGACGAGGAAGGCAUAUUAGCAUUUUUGGAGGCCAUGCCCAAGGCCAAGGCGAUCUAUGAAAAGUAUGGCUUCCAGACGGUUGACCGCUUGGAAUUUACGGCACCGAACGGAGCAAGUGUAGGCCAGAUUUUCAUGCUUAGGAAAGGCAAGGCUGCCGAGGAAUACAAGAAGGUAUUGGCCAGGCUGGGCGUAUUAAAGUAG